UUUUCAUUGCUGCUGUGUCUCCAAUGUUAGUCCCCUUUAUGCAUCUCUUUCCUUCAAUACUCUUAUGCUUGCUUAUUAAUCAAACUGUAAAUAUAUUUGAAAUAAAGCCAUCCGCGUCUUGACAUCAUCUAAGAUUCUUCGCUACGAGCCCUGCUGCUCAUUGUAGCAGCACAAUCCUAAAAACACAACAACAACAGAGGCAGGAGGAAAACGGCCAAUCAGCGGCCUGGUUUCUCUUCAGCAUCUCGCAGGGGAUUGAACCAUCGGGCAGACUUGAGCGCUCGCAGCGGGGGAGGGAAGAGAUCUGCGAGGCUCCUGAUCGACGCGCAAUAUUAUGAUUUUCUGAAAUCAACGGGAAGCGCUGGAGGAUUACGUCACCGGUUGAUAUACGUUUUGGACUGGUUGAAUGUUCCUGGCAGCUGGAUUUGGACUUGAGCGGAUAUUUCUCUGGUAUCUGUGAUGUUUCAAUUUGGCUUGACGUUGUUUCAGCACAAGGAGAAAACCAAAAUCAACUAAUAAAAGCGUUUCACCAAAGGAAUCAAAUUCCUGCUCAACCAUGGCAGACCAGAAAGACAACAUAGAUGACUUUAAAGUCCAGACAGCUAAGCACCCCAACAUGAGCUCGGUCUCCUUACGGUCACACAGUGAACAUUCUAAAGACCGAAUGUCCAAAAGGCUUUCGACUGAGUCUAACGGAACCAGUGACGGGGGUAUGGGCUCAUCCACGCCGGUGGAGAUCACCGCUUUGGAGGAGUCCUUUCGACGCUUCGCCAUCCACGGCGACACGCGUGCUACUGGCAAGGAGAUGCAUGGCAAGAACUGGUCCAAACUCUGCAAGGACUGUGGUGUGAUUGAUGGGAAAAACAUCACCCUCACUGAUGUGGACAUCGUUUUCAGCAAAGUCAAGAAGAAAUCUUGUCGAAACAUCACGUUUGAAGAAUUCAAAGUGGCACUCGGAGAGCUGGCUCGGAAGAAGUACCAAGAAAAGACUGGAGAAGAUGCCGAGGCUGAGGUCUUCAAGCUCAUUGAGGGAAAGGCACCGGUCAUCGCAGGAGUCACGAGAGCCGUGGCCUCCCCGACGGUGAGCCGCCUCACAGACACCACCAAGUUCACCGGGUCGCACAAGGAGCGCUUCGACAAGACCGGCCGAGGGAAGGGGAAGGCUGGGCGGGUGGAUAUAGUCGACACUUCAGGAUACGUGUCGGGAUACAAACAUCGAGGGACAUAUGAAAAAAAAGUGAACAAACCCACUGAGGGCAGACCCAUGUGAAGUCAAAACAUUUCAUUAACGGCUAAGAUGAUUUUCUACAAAGAGUACUCCUAGAAAGCACAAAAGAAUACACGUUCAUACAUUUCCCAACCCAUUUAUUUUUAUGUGUAUGUCUGUGUGUGUGAGGGAAACAAAAUAAAUGUCUUUGUGUGAGAACUGGAAACCUGUUUACAUGUAUUUUUACAAAGUCAUCACCAGCUGGUACAUUCCUGUCUGAUAGCGAGUUACUGCCAAACACUGAGGAGAACCAAUGAGAGGAACUGCUAGAGCUUUAUGUAAGGGCCCCAGAGUAUUUAACGAGCACAAUGAGCAACAUGCCACAAACAGCACAACAGUUUGAUGAAAAAUGCUUUUUUUUAAAAUUAGAAAUAUUUCUUUUACCCUGUUUGGUGAAAAAAAGGUGUCGGUUUAAAGACGACUGGCACACUUUUUGUUUGACACAGAUAUAACUGAUGUUUGCUUUUACAGCUUUUAUCCCUCAUUUGUUUUUUUUCACUUGCACUUUUCAGGUACUGUGUUUAAAGAAGCCUGCUGUCCAGUUUUUCUUUCAUAAGAUAUUACUAAUAUGUACGGAAGCCCAUAAAACUGACCAAAUAAUAGAAACACAUCGUUAAUUUUAGUUUUUUUUAAGGAAAUCUAAUAGAGAAUGAUUGCCUUUUUCUGGGGAAAAAAACAUUUCAACCAGAAAAAGUUCUCAAAUAAAUUCAUAUUUUCUUUGGAGGAGAAUAAACUUAAUCUAAAACUCUACAAAAUCCCACUUUUACAAAAAUGACUGGUACCCCCACUGAUAGUUUUGAUGGAUCAUAUGGGCAGUUGCCCAGGGCAGCAUUAGUCAAGGUUGGAGAGCACCAGAUAAAAUUAUUUGUCAGUUGCACACUGGCCAAGUGUUGUGUUGUUUUAUAUCAGUGGUCUAGAGGGAGUUGAAGCCCCCUAUGUGGUGCUCAGAAUAGGCAGAAUAAUUAUGUGCUUUGUGCAGAAACUGCACUGCCUUUAAUCCCACCCCAGAAUCACAUUUGACUUCCUACAUUUUGAGGCGCAGCAGGAGGAGUGUCUCACCAAGGGCACCAUUUAUACAAGAACUGUCACUGGUGCCCCUAUUUAUUUCUAAAAGAAAAUAAAUGCAUCUGAAUUAAGCUUUUACAAACUUUACUUUUUGAGUUGGUCAAAGUGUAAUCUAUUCCUCUUUCCCUGGGGUAUAAAUAUGGCAUGACAAAAAGAAUUUUCCUAGCCUCUUCAAAAUAAUAAAGACAAAAGAACAUGCCAUUAGAUGUUUGUUGAUCUUCAUUAUUAGGGAAUAAAAUAGUUACUCGUCUAAACGUAUCUACAAUCUGAACAGUAAUUAAAAAGGGCAAAACUGGAAAUGUGAUAAUCAAGACUAGGUGAAGAGGAACCAAGCUUAUUUUGCCGUCACAUACAAAUAGUUACGGUUAAGGAGGUAAAAAAUAUCUCCAAAGUGUGCUGUUCAAGUUUCAGGUUAUGCUCUUGUACUAAAAUAUGAAUUUAUGCUUUUGCAUCUUUGCUACGAGUGCCAAUGAAUGUGAAGGGUGCGUUGUUUUCCGCAUCAAAGAUAAAUCAAGUAUCUUCACUUUAAUUUCGUAUCUGGCCUUUCUGGGCUUCCGUACAUAAGGAAAUGAUUAGUCUGAGACCAAGGAAGUAUAUUAGAGGCUUCAAUUUGCAUUAAAAUCUGUGGCAUAACUUUGCUUCUUCAUAAUACGUAAAACAUAAUAAAAGGCCUUCCCUUUUAAUCCAUUUUUAAACAUAAUUAUAUCUCUAACAGGCAUUAUUCUGAUCUUUUGGUAUUCAAUUAUAAAUAAAGCAACAUGCAUUUUAAGCAGACGAUCUUGCCCUGCUUACUAAGCUCAGUUGUACAAGAUUGUAUUUUCAACAUGUUCCGUAUAUCCUCAUCAGAAUUAUAUAAAGUAGUUCUAAUAUAUUUGCUGUAAGGUUGUGUAUGUAUUCGACACAGUUUCUGCCACGUAGCCUAAUUUAAGACACUGACUUUUAUGUUUUUCUGUAUUGCUGUACUUUGUGCAUGAUAUGUAUAUUGCAUUUGAUUCAGAGGCAUACAGAUGACAGAGUUUGUUUCUUUUUUUUCCCUAAACUGCUGUGCCUGAUGUGAUUACAGACUACUGCUCAGACUUAGGUAUUUUCUUGGUAAAAAUAAAUAAAUAAAUAAAAUAAACUAAUUAUUGAAACUGUGGCAUCCUGAUCAAAUCUUGUAUUUGCCUGCAAUGACUGUAUGUAUUUGUACUUGUACAAAGUAAGCUUACCUCUAAUGCUACCCUAUGUGUCUGUACCUUUUAUGUAAGCUACUGUCAUCGAAGGCACAGUAAUUACCUGAAAAAAGCAGGGUUUUAAUGUUUACUUACAUACUCUACCAGAUAAAAGGGUAAACUGCAUACAAUAAUUUUUUGUACAAUAUUUUUCCAAGAUGACAGUAUUGUGUGUAACACACUACCUGUAGCCUCAGCUGAUGAAGAAUCAUGCAUCGAGUGCAAAACUAGCGGCUUUCUGUGUUAGCUCCAGUACUUUUUUUGUGUUUAAUGCCAAAUACUGUGCACCUUUAAUGUGGAGGAACUAUUGGUUUUUGCUAAUAACUCUUAAAGUACUAUUGUGCCCCAGUGCAUGCAGUGUUCUAUUUUUCUUGUUCUCAAUGCCUCUAAACGUGUGUUCUUGAUUUAUGAUGCAUUAUUGAAAAUAAAUAAGCUGAAAAGAGG